GGUGGGCCCUUGCACUUGGAACUCACCCAUAGAAAUUUGUCAACAAGGAAACGUUGUCUGGCGUGGCACACUUUUACCUUUUACUUAGUUCCUCAUUUCUCAUCACAUUGCGACCAGGCAUUGACAAAAGGGAGAGCUCGACAGCCGAGAAGAAGGAAACCUUCGCUGGACGAAAACCCAGAGAACGCAACUAAUAUGUUUCCUUAUGCGUACCUGCCUGCUCAUGAGCCACACCCAGCUCCAGAGUGUACGCUCACAUUAUUUCAGUGGCAGAUCGAGCAGGAAGCGUGCAGGUAUGAUGGCAUCUCUCCCGAGCUGCUGAGCUUGCAGGACGCGGACGGCGACACAUGUCUUCACAUAGCUGUGGCUCAAGGCCGAAGGGCUCUGGUGUACAUGCUGUCUUCGAAGCUGGCCAACUGUGGCGCUUUGGAGGUGACGGAUCGACACGGACAGACGCCGCUUCACAUCGCUGCAGCAGCCAAUCAACACCUAAUUGUCGGUGACCUGCUGGUGCACGGCGCAAACAUCCACACCAGAGACUCAUGGGGCCGCUCGCCUCUACACGUUUGCGCUGCGAAAGGAUUCUACCUUUGUCUACAGAGCAUCUGGAAGACUUUCUCAGGAUGUUCACAGAUGAUUGAUACCGAAAUAUUCAAUUAUGACGGUCUAACUCCGCUUCAUCUUGCUGUAUUGUCUCACAAUGCUGUUGAAAAUGAGUGGAGGAGAAUGGCUCAUACUUGUACCAGGGACCAGGACCAGUACCAGCAAAGGAAACAAAUGUAUGUUCUAUGUGUGGAGGCCCUGCUGAACAUGGGCGCCUCCUGUGGGACUGCGGACUUAAAAAGUGGACGGACAUGUUUGCACAUGGCCGCUGAAGAGGCCAAUCGUCAGCUGUUGACGAUCUUCCUCAAGCAGUCGUCUGGGUUGAGCAGUCUGAACAACAAGACAUUCAGCGGCAACACGGCCCUGCACAUCGUCAGCUCCUUACAAAACUAUCCCACUCAGUUGGAAGCAGUGAAGAUGCUGAUGAUAGGAGGGGCCGACCCCACAGCAAGAAACUUGGAGAAUGAGCUUCCCUGGCACCUGGCACACGGAGGACCCGCUGGUGAGAGGGUGCGUCGGAUCCUGAGCGGAAAGCGUUGAUGAGGCCUAAAAGUGCUCAAGAACAGAACACUGUCAGUUAGACAGUCUAACGUAAAUAUUUGCCCUCACGAGGCAGAUGUUGGUCGUUUCAGUGAAACAAAUCAUUGUGAUGUAAUACUCAAUGAGCAAAUGUAGUAGAGCUAGUGUUCAUCGUGUCUUCUUUUAUGAUAGGUUUUAGAUUUCUUGUGUUCAGACAUGGGCGGCACGGUGGACGACUGGUUAGCACAUCUACCUCACAGUUCUGAGAACUGGGGUUCAAAUCCCAGCCCCACCUGUGUGGAGUUUGCAUGUUCUUCCCGUGGCUGUGUGGGUUUCCUCCAACAUCCCAAAAAUCAUGCGUGGUAGGUUGAUUGAAGACUCUAAAUUGCCCGUAGGUGCGAAUGGUUGUUUGUUUAUAUGUGCCCUGUGAUUAACUGGCGACCAGCUCAGGGUGUACCCUGCCUCUCGCCCGAAGAUAGCUGGGAUAGGCUCCAGCACGCCCACAACCCAAGUGAGGAUAAGCGGUACAAAAAAAGGGAUGGUUGGAUGUUCAGACAUGUUUUUUUUUCCUGAAGUUCUCUUACCUUGCUGACAUUUACACAGCCAUGACCGGAAAAGAAAACAUUUUUCUGAACACAACAAAUGUAAAACCUAGCAAAUAUGUGAUACUGAAAUUUGUGUUUUGUACCUACUCAUGUGAGGUUUUCUAUGAUGUACGCUAUUGUGGACUUGUAACUACAAUGAAGUUAUAUUGUGGCACAUGAGCGAGAUGGGUUCAAGUGCAAACAUUAAGCCACUUAUGCACUUCUUUUGUGGAUAUUAAACUAUUAAGUUUUUCUUUCAAUGGAUGCGCGACUUAUUUUUAAUUUUUGAAAUGACUUUGUAGGCAUCUUAACGAUGAGUAAAUGUUUAAAGUUUCAGAAUUGUGACUCAAACCAGACAUCCAUUUUCUUUCUUCCUGUUUUGACUAUGCUGCACUUGUACUAUAUUCAUUAUAUUUUCUGUAGAUACAGUCGGUUUACCUUAUAUACAUGGACUGUGAAGAAGGGAUUGAUUGAUUUUCAACAGUCAGUAAAUCUGAUGGAGUCUUAAUGGCAACUAUAGGAGUUAUGGUAUGAGGAGUGGAUUUUCCCAUCAGCAUUAGCAUUUUCAUCCAUCCAUCCAUCCAUUUUCUGAGCCGCUUCUCCUCUAGCAUUUUCAAGUUGAUCCAAACCCUGUCAUAUCAAGUAAUAUAAUCUAAAUCUACAUUUGCCUUUUGUUGACCAAUCCUGAAAGUGUGUUGAUCAAUUCAUGAAUUUUUGAUUUUUUUUUUUUACUUAACGUCCACACCACCACCGACUUCAAUAUCUUCAUUCAUCGCAAUACCAUCUAAUUUUGUGAGGAAAAAUAAAUUUGAACGUCUUCAAAUGAAAAUGAUGCAUCUGCCAUGUAAUUAUUUUGUAUAUUUGUUUCAGAUACAUUAAACUUACAAGUCAAUGGCACACACAUUGUUAAGUCUGAAAAGGCCAGAACAAGAACAUUGUCUGUCGCAAUAAACAUCUGAAGUUACAGAAAGGAAUCAGACAAACAGUGUGUUGGUUCGACAUAUGGCACAUCCCAAUUUUUCAUGUUUCAGAGGUACAUAACGGCACACAAUAAAAUAAUCUAUACCUA